CACGAAGCACUUCUGUAGCAUCAUAAGUCCAUAAGAUCAGAUACUUGCUGUUUGAAUGGCUACUCCUACUACCGCUACUGGCGGUUGUUUCUGCGGAAAGAUCCGCGUUGAGUAUACCGGUCAACCCAUGACAUCGGGACUCUGCCACUGUCUCGACUGCCGGAAACUCACCGGCUCUCUGUACUCAUACAAUUUCGUCGUCAAACGGACCGACCUGAAAAUAACCGGGAGCCCAAAAGCAGUGCCCAAAAUAGCAGACAGCGGAAAACAUAUCAAGAACUAUUUCUGCGGAGAUUGCGGUACAUCGCUCUAUGGGCUGAGAAUGAACUCUGAUGGUGAUCCUGAAGAGACGACCAUUCUCCGAGCUGGGAUACUCGAUGACAUUGAUGUUCUGAAUGAGCGAAAGCCUGAGUCGGAAAUAUUCACCAGCGGACGUGUAAGCUGGAUGAGUCCUGUGGAAGGGACUGCUCAGUUUGAUGGCAUGGUGCCUCUGCCUUGAUUCGAUGGUUGAGCUUCGAACGGUAAAGCUACUGAGCAUGUAGACAACUAUGGUGAGAGCGACUUAUUCUAUGCAUCAGCCAAACCUAGGGGAGGAUAAAGGGGUCACACUUUUAUGUAUAGCGUACAGAGGCAAUGUCAGAUGCAAGUAGUCAUGGGAAGACAGGUGUUUUCAUCGAUUUUUGGACUACACCAGGUGGUCAAUACCCUGUGUCUGUUUGAACUC